AUGAGGAUGCCACUGCCUCCCUCCCCAACUAAGGCCCCUUCGUCUGCAGCCUCCUGCAACUGCCCUCAUCGACGUCCCUCGAGAUCUCACGUUGCCAGUCAGAGUCCUUUCGUCCAGCGCGACCCCGACCCUCCAUUGCUCUCGAUGCAGCAGCAUGAUACCCCUGGGGCUGACGCGCCUGCCCAUUCUCCAAACCCCACUGCUGCUGCCACCUGCGUGCCCGAGUCUUUUGCGGAGUCCACUUCUUCUCCCGAAUCACGCCAUGGGAGACCCGGGCUGCCACAUCGUAGCCAACGGCAGAGCAUGCACACCCUAGAUGAUUUGCGGAAGCACAUGGAGGGGAUCUCUGUCUCUCACUCCCGUUCUAACUCUUACACUUUCAACACUGGCGCGCCUCCUGAUUCGAGCCAGGGUAUGAAGUCGCCUCGCAAAACCAAGAGAACCAUUCAUUCUACGCCCUCAUCGCCCUCUAACACCCCAAUUCCUCCAGCUUCAUUCUCAAAGUCCAGCGGCCACACUGAUUCUUCUUCCUCGUCCCGGACGAUCAGAUCGCCCAAGCAGACCGAUCAUUCUGAAUUAUCUGCGUUUCCAUUCCCAACGCCUUCAUCCUUAGCCACUUCUGUAGAUCAUUCUCUCGACCCCUUCGCUGAUGCGCGACCGAUCGUGAAGCGCUUGUCGAUACGUAGAACGAAGCCCCGGAGGAAUAGGUCGCCUCUUUCCACCCCUGCGCCUGUGUUUACUGAAGCGAAUGGUUCGACAUGGAGGAAAGACUACUUCAUGGCCCACAACGCUGACACUAGCGCUGAAGACCCGCGGUAUCCUACCCCGAACCUCUACGACAUUACAUUGGUGCUGAAUGCCGAGGCCGGAUUGGAUGCCUGGUGGUCGAAUACAGUGAAGGUACUACAUGCCCAUUUUGGCGCUGAAAGAGCCGCCCUAGCGAUACCUGGAGAUAGUACCGACCUGGAGAAUGUACCAUGGGGUCAAAAGGCAACGUAUAGUUUAUAUGGCUAUAGGACCUCUUUGUCGUCCGCUGGAGCUACAACAGGUAAUCAUGGGGCAGAAACCUCAUUAAAGGAUUCUUCUGACCGGGAAACCACUGAUGUGGACAACAAUCACAAUAACAAUAAAUCUACGAAACUGAACGGACAGGUUCUCACGCCAUCUGAAAAGCGUCCACCUAUGGUUGCACGUCAUUCAUUCGCCGGUUUCGGGAGGCCUGGAAAUAUGGGUAGCCGUGACAAAAGUGUACGACCAGAUGCACCCAAGCGGACGAAAAGCUCGUUGAGCCCUGCCACGAUGCAACAUGGAACAAAAGAUGACGAAGAGUCAACGGAGUCGGCAGAUCAUAUGCCUACCGCGACGUCAGAUCAACAGCGCUCGGAGCCCUCUGUAAAUUCGACGGAAUGUGUCCCAUGCCCAUCGGUGGCAGUUUUCCCUGUUCCUCGUGCUUUGGAAGUUGAAUCGGACCCUCUAAUAAAACGAACAGGCGUGGUGAAGCUUUUUGGAAGAACGAAACCCGCCGUGUUAACGAGACAAUAUUCUCAACAUCCGAUGGCGUCGCCUCUAUACGACUCUAUCGCGAAGCCGCCGUCGAAGGACGACACACUUCAGAACCCCUCGGCUGCUACAGUUCUUAGCGAGCCUACGACCUGCAAUGUUUCAAUUGGUCGAACGAGCAUCUGCUCUGCGUCAAGUACGAGUACUACCACACAGACGAUAACGGAGCUACCAAGGCCUUCUGUCCCUAACUAUAGUCACGAUGAUGCCUCUCCACCCAACUCUUCGUGUUCAGAUUCAUAUGAAGAGUACGAACAAGUUCCCCAGUCGCCCUGGGCGCAAUCCCCUGCUCCAUCGCCCGCCGCCCGCUCGGAUCCAGAGCAAAAUCCUUUCUUCAAUAACAGCAGCAAGAUUGAUGAUGCCUUUGCUUCGAGUCCGCCGUUACAUGAUUAUUCUACGAACCGACCUAUCGAAGCCAUUGGCGUUGAUCUUGCCAAAACAAUCAUACACAUACCCUUGAUACACUCUUCGUCGUCGAAACAACCCUCUUCAAACACAUUGAGAUUUCCUGUUGCUAUCAUUUCCAUCCUCACCUCAACUGUCCCUUACCCAGCGAACCUGAGGAAGUCUCUCGAGUACCUCCUUCCUCACCUCACUACCUCAUUUUGCCUGGCUCAACAGUACAGCCAGCUCGAAAGGCAACUCGCAACUUCAAGGACGCGGCAAUUCGGACAUAUCCUUGGACUUGGCGGAACCUUCUCCGACGCCAGUAGUGAAAUGGAAUUGGUGGCAGGGCUCAGCAGUCACGUUAACUACCGUUGGGAGAAAAUGUUUCACUGCAAGGCCAUUCAAGCAUACCGAGCCCGCUCCAGCGAUCGGAUACCAGCAGAUCCAAUUCCGCCAUGUCAGGGUCGAAUACUCCCGGCUUAG